AUUCUUCUCCUUCUUUUUGCUAUAGACUUCCAAGCAAAUCUCUUCCCCAAACUAUUGAAACAAAGAUGGGUGCGAGUAUCCUUGCCCUUGUCGUAGAUGCAGCUCUGUCGAAGGUGAUUGCUGUUGCUUCUGAUCAGUUCAACUCUUUCGUCGAUGCAGCUGUGUCGAAGGUGACUGCUGUUGCUUCUGAUCAGUUAAAUUUAGCACUGGGAUGGAACAAUGACCUGACAAAGUUUCGUGAUACAAUGAAGACGCUCCGAGGUUACUUGCAAGAUGCUGAUGAAAAGAAUGUCAGUGGCCGCCUUGAUCUGAAGUCGUGGCUCCAGGAACUCCGAGAUAUUGCAGAUGAGGCUGAUGAUAUACUGGAGGAGGUCGCUUAUGAAGGUAUGCAGCGGGAAGCUAAGAAAUCUAAGAAAUCAAAGGUCGGGUACUUGAAACUGCUUGACCCCAGGCCCUUGCUAUUUUGCCGGGAAAUGGCUAAUAGAGUUGUGGAUUUGAAUAAAAGACUUGCUGAUAUCCAUCUCUCGGUUGAUCCGUUGGGACUGCGACCCAAACCUGCAAACAUGGUUCCUGAACCCGGAGGCGGAGCAGGCCGAGAGACCCACUCUUUUCUUUCAUCUCAAGUUCGUGGAAGAGAGGAAGAUGUCUCUAAAAUAGUCAGGUUGUUGGUUGACUCAAGUAUUCAGCAUGACCUCCCUGUCAUGAUUAUAGUGGGUAUGCCAGGUCUUGGCAAAACCACCAUAGCAAAAGCAGUAUUUAAUAAUGAUAAAAUACGGGAACAUUUUGGUGAUAAUAAAAUGUGGGUUUGUGUGUCUGAAAAUUUUGAUGUCAACAAGAUUUUAAUGGAGAUGUUGAAGUCUAGGAGUGGAAGUGGUAGUGGUGAUGGGGAUUUUGGAAGCAGAGAUAUAGUGAUGAAGAAAAUACAAGAGAAGUUGGGGGGGAAAAAUUAUCUUCUCAUACUAGAUGAUGUUUGGAAUGAGAAGAGACCAAUAUGGGAGGAUUUAAGGAAUUGCUUGUUGGGAAUAAGUCAAAAUAAGGGGAGUAGGGUGCUUGUGACAACCCGGCUUGAAAAUGUUGCAUCAAUAAUGGCACUUACUGAUGAACACAUCCAUCGUCCCCGGAUAUUAAAGGCAGAUGAGUGCUGGACUAUAAUCCAGGAUAGAGCAUUUGGAGACAAUUUAGUACCUGAGGGGUUAAAGGGAGUUGGACAACAGAUUGCUAAAAGGUGCAAAGGCAUUCCACUAGUUGCAAGUAUUAUAGGGGCUAUUUUGCAGAAUAAGAGGGACAAAAAGGAGUGGCAGGCUAUUACAGAGAAUUGUGUUUGGGAUUCACUGGAAAAGGAGGAGGGGAUCUUGGAAAUUGUAAAAUUCAGCUAUGAUCGCUUGCCCACACUGGCUUUGAGGCAAUGUUUUGCAUUUUGUUCCAUUUUUCCUAAGGAUUUCGUCAUGGAAAGGGAGAUGCUAAUUCAACUUUGGAUGGCUCAAGGAUUUCUUGAAUCACCUGAAGAAAUUAGCAAUACGGCAACGGUGGAGGAUAUUGGUGACAAGUAUUUCAGAUAUUUGUUAUCAUAUUCCUUAUUUCAAGAGGAAAGGAGGGAUGAUGUAACUCGGAGUGUUGAAUCUUGCAAGAUCCAUGAUUGGAUUCAUGAUUUUGCUCAGUCAAUUUCAAAAUCUGAGACGCUGAUUAUUGAGGAGUGGCCUGGGAGCAAUAUUUCUCAUGAUCUUAGGCAUUUGAAUCUAAUGGAUGGGAGAGAAAUGGAGCCAUCUAUUUUAGGAGAUGUUGCUAAAAAGUUGCAGACUGCUAAAAAGUUGCAGACAUUGUUUUCCAAGCAUAGUUUUUCUAAUGGUGUGCAAGUGGAUCUUAUGAGGUUACGAGUUCUCAGCCUUGGAGAUGCUUAUGAUGCAAAACAAUUGCCAACGUGCUUUGGCAACUUGAAGAGGUUGAGGUACUUGGACAUUUCAGGAACUCAGAUAGAAGAACUGCCCCAAUUCAUCUUUGAGUUGUACAAUCUACAAACAUUUAGAUUCAUGCGCUGCAAAUCUCUUAAAAUGCCUGAAGGAGGAAUAGGAGAUUUAAUCAACUUGAAGCAUAUUUAUUUCAAUGAUGAAGAGCGUAUGCCUGCAAACCUUGGGAGACUAACCAACCUACAAACAUUGCCAUUAUUUUUUGUAGGUACAACAGAAGGACGUAAAAUUGAAGAAUUGGGAAGCUUAGGAGAACUCAAAGGAAGAAUAAAGAUCUGUAAGCUUGAGCUUGUUGCGGGCAAAUUGGAGGCAGAGGGAGCAAAGUUAAAAGACAAGGCAGUUAAGCAUUUGGAAUUUUGUUGGUCCGAAGGCAAAGGCAAAGGCAAUCAAGAUAAAGAUGAAGAUGUCUUAGAAGGCCUCCAACCCCCCUCAAAUAUAAGAAGAUUAAAGAUUGCUGGCUAUGGAGAUAUCAGUGGGCUUCUAUCUCUUCAGCAGCUCUAUGUUAGCAGUUGUGAUGAAGUAACUAGUUUGGGUGAUGGUGAUGGAGCAUUUACGUCUCUCAAACAAUUAUCCAUAUUCAUGUGUGGUAAGUUAGAGAGAGUUUUGGUUAGUGGAUUAUCAUCUCUGGAGGAACUCAAGAUUGUGUUUUGCUGGGUGAUAAAUAGCAUAGGAGAUAGCCUAUCAAGCUCCACGUGUCUCAAACAUUUGCAUCUGGAAAGCUGUCCUAAAUUGCAAUCUAUUCCAAGUCUAGAAGGACUUGUCUCUCUCAAAACAGUAAUUAUUUCCUAUUGUAAAGAAUUAGAGCGUCUACCGAGUGGGCUCUCAUCUUGCACUGCUCUGGAGAAAUUGAAGAUAGGGGAAUGCUCUAAUUUGGUUUUUAUUCCUGAAGAAUUGAAACAGUUGCCGUCUCUUGUUGAGUUGAAUUUUUGGGAUUGUCCAAAAUUGAAGUUUAUUCCAAGUCUAGAAGGACUUGUCUCUCUUAAAACACUAGAUGUUAAGUGUGAUGAAUUAGAGUGUCUACCGAGUGGGCUCUCAUCUUGCACUGCUCUGGAGAGAUUGGAGAUAAGCCAAUGCUCUAAUUUGGUUUCUAUUCCUGAAGAAUUGAAACAAUUACAGUCUCUUGUUGGAUUGGCUUUUAGCGUUUGUCGAAAAUUGAAGUUUAUUCCAAGUCUAGAAGGACUUGUCUCUCUCAAAACAAUAACUAUUUCCUAUUGUGCUGAAUUAGAGCGUCUACCGAGUGGGCUCUCAUCUUGCACUGCUUUGGAGAAAUUGAGGAUAUGGGGAUGCUCUAAUUUGGUUUCUAUUCCUGAAGAAUUGAAACAGUUGCAGUCUCUUGUUGAGUUGAAUUUUCAGGAUUGUCCAAAAUUGAAGUUUAUUCCAAGUCUAGAAGUACUUGUCUCUCUCAAAACAGUAAUUAUUACCGAAUGUCAUGAAUUAGAGUGUUUACCGAGUGGGCUCUCAUCUUGCACUGCUCUGGAGAAAUUGGAGAUAAGGAGAUGCUCUAAUUUGGUUUCUAUUCCUGAAGAAUUGAAACAGUUGCAGACUCUUGCUGAGUUGGAUAUUUGGGAAUGUCGAAAAUUGAGGAGCUUCCCAGACGAGAUCUUGGGCUCUCUUGCCAGCUUGAAGACAUUAGGGCUUGGCCUUUUCUCAGAAGAGCUGGAGGAAUUCCCAGAUUUAAGUUCCACUUCCUCCCUUGAAGUCUUGCGUUUGGAAGGAUGGGGGGAAUCGCUAACUCUGCCACAUCAAAUUGAUCGCCUCACUGCUCUCAGGAACUUAACUAUCAAAAGCUUCAACGGAGUGGAAAAAGCUUUAUUGGGAAACCUUUCUUGUCUUGAAACACUUGAAAUUCAAAAUUGUCGUCGGUUAACGUGUCUAUCAGGUGGGCUGUCAUCUCUUGAGGACCUGGUGAUAACAAAUUGCCCGAAAUUUGUGGGCUUCCUAGAGGAGAGUCUCAGCUGCUUUACUAGGUUGAAGGGAUUAGAGAUCGGCCGUUUCUCAGAAGAAUUCCCAAGUCUGAGUUCCAUCCCCGCCUCCCUUGAAUAUUUGAGCCUGACGGAAUGGGAAAAAGUAACUCACCUUCCACAAAUUCAACACCUCACUGCUCUAAAGCAGUUGUGUAUAGAGCACUUCAGUGGAAUGGAAUCUUUGCCAGACUGGUUUAACAACUUGUCCUCCCUUCAAGAACUUAAAAUUUGGGGCUGCCCAAACGAGUUAAAGGAAAGAUGCACCAAGGGAAGCGGUCCUGACUGGCACAAGAUUUCUCACAUUCCAUACAUCGAAAUAGAUGAGGAGGCCAGCCCAUACGUAGAUGGAUACGAAUCCGAAGACUGAGGCAAAGAGGUUUGUGUUUCUUUUUUCUCACAACUGCACUUGUACAAAUUCUCGACACCAAAAAGUAAAAUCUCUCUCCUCAUCCUCUAUCAAUUAAUUGGAUUGAUGCUGCUCCCUCCAUCGCUGUUGGGUGCCGCCAAUUAGUGUUAUCUCGUCAAAAUUAUUUGUUCUUUCUCUCAAACCAUAUAUAAAUUCAUGUUUUCUUU